ACGCCGCCCGGCGCCUGCAGUGACGCGGAGACGUCAUCAGUCGGUGGGCGGAAAAGCGGCCGUGUUUCGGGGGGAGAGACUGGAGAUAACGCAGAACCGGUGUUUUCGGGGGAACCGGAGGGGGGGGAACACCGAGGUUCGUUUGCGCCUGAAACAUGGCGCUUCCCGCCGGGCAGACGGGCCUGCCGCCGGACGGAGGCGCCCCGAGCGGCCACGGCGUUUCCUGCGAGAACAACAUUGACAUCGACGAGAAAGAGUUGGAGAACAUCACAAAGAAGCACCGCGAGGACGACGCCACGGCGCUGCCGCUGCACUCUCCGUGGACGUUUUGGUUGGACAGGUCGUUACCGGGAACGACGGCGGCGGAGUGCGAAUCCAACCUGAAGAAGAUCUACACGGUGCAGACCGUUCAGACGUUCUGGAGCGUGUACAACAACAUCCCUCCAGUCACCGCGCUGCCGCUGAGGUGCAGCUACCAUCUGAUGCGCGGGGAGCGUAGGCCGCUGUGGGAGGAGGAGAGCAACGCAAGAGGAGGAGUGUGGAAGAUGAAGAUCCCAAAAGAGAGCAGUGCCGCCGUAUGGAAGGAGCUGUUACUCGCCACCAUCGGGGAGCAGUUUGCAGAUUACUGCUCCAUCGACGACGAGGUGGUCGGUGUCAGCGUCAGCGUUCGGGAUCGGGAGGAUGUGGUACAGAUUUGGAACAGGGAGGCGUCGCUGGCUAACGAAGCAAAUAUCCUGGGGAAAGUCUACGAGCUGCUGCCGUCCACAUCCUUUAAAGCAGUUUUUUAUAAAUCGCACAUGGAGCAUCACGCCUUUGAGGGAGGACGCUCGCGACAUUAGACUUUUUUUUUUAAUCAGAACUUUUUAUCUGCCUUCACGCAAAAAAGGCAAAUUAGUCUAAAAAUAUUAUUUUUGCUUUCACAAUGAAAUGUUACCAAUAUAUUUUUGUAGUUUUAAGGACCAACGCCUUGUUUGGUCCGGACGUGCGCCUGAGCUUCUGCACCCCCCACCACCCUUUUUACUCAUCCCCACCCACCACAGAGGACGCACAUUUUUACCUGCUGAGGGUGUCGAGGGCAUCAUGAUCUGGUCAGCUUGUGGGGCACUGAAGCACUUUGCUGCUGUUGUCAAAUAGUUUUAUUUUUAACAAUGAACUGUGUAAACCUGCCUUAAAUUGAUGUCUAAAUUCAGCCAUCAUUUUAGCCAGAAUGUAGUGGAUUUUUUCCUGUUUUUUCCCAGAACAGUCUUGUGUUUUCUGCAGUCUCUGCUGCAUGCAGGAGAUCAGCACAUUUCCCUGCUCAGCGUGUGCUGCUCUCCCUGUCGUUCGUGUCUCAGCAUGUUUCUUCUCAAAAACUCAAAGUUGCUCAUCAGACUGCUCUGCCUUAACAGGAACAUUCAAGACGAAAAAGAGAGGAUCACAGCGAGGGUGUUGUGGAGUUCUUGAACCCUGUUUCUAAUGUUCCUGUGUGGGCUAAACUCUUCUGGUGUUCUGUGUCGCACCACUUUUCUAGUUCUAACUUCGUAGAUACGUUUUCUUUUGUAAACAUGAUUUUUCUUCAGUGAAAUGUACAAAAUAAAACUGAAAAUAAAGUUACUGGUUUUGCUUUCA